AUGACAGCGCCCUUCCACCGCCUCCUCGCCUUCUACUCCAACCGCAACCCCCACGACUCGCAAACGAUCCGCCUGCAAGACUCCAUCCGCGGCAACCUCGCUUUAGGCCUCGAUUUUCCUGUCGCGCUCGGUGUAGCCGUUGGUCGACACCUGUGGCUCAAGAAUACGGGCCUCUUCUCGCUCAACAUCCACGUCCCGAGCGUGUCGUGGAAGGAGACGCCGCUGCAUGGCGUGCCUGUGGAUGAGAAGAAGGAGUAUACGAGGAGUGAGAUUGUAAGUCUGGCGCGGCGGGAGAAGGGAUUGUUUGGAGCGGCGGAUGCGGUGGGGUUGUGGAGUCUCGCGGCGGAUGUGAAGACGGGCUUGUUGAGGGGGGAGGAUGUGGUGGGGUUUCAGGAGGGGAAGUUGUUUGAGAGAGUUGAGAAGAGGAGGAAGGAUAGAAGUCAGGUGUUGCCGUUGUGGAGAGGAGGACCGAUCAGUGUUGCGGGACAUUCGUGGGUAGUGGGGAGGAUGUUCGGUGUGGAGGUCUACCGCAGCGAUUGGAAGGAGGAUUGA